UAGCGCAGAACGUUUGCCUACGUCACAAUUAUGCGGCGACUGUGAGUUUGCAUGAAAUAAUCGCGAAGGUCUUAUAUUUUUAUUUUAGAUACGUCUCUCACAAAAAGCAAUCAUGUCGACCGCUAUGAACUUUAGCAGUAAGUCUUUUCGGCCCCGUGCUCCAGACAAAGGAUCCUUCCCUCUGGAUCAUUUUGGAGAGUGUAAAGCAUUCAAAGAGAAAUUCAUGAAGUGCUUGAAAGGCAACAGCUAUGAUAACUCCAUGUGUCGACUACAGUCCAAAGACUACCUUGAAUGCCGGAUGGAUAAUCAGCUGAUGGCCAAGGAACCUCUGGAGAAGCUAGGGUUCAAAGACCUGAUGGACAAACCCAGCCAGGAGAACAAGGAGGCUAAACCCUGAACUUCCCUUCCUACACAGAUGGAUGCUGUCAUGCUUGAGUGAUAGUUUCCCUCUUCCUCAUCUUGUAUAUACAAUUACAAUGUAAUAUAUUGGGGGCAGUGUUUCAAGCUUUGUAUAUAAAUAUUUUUGGUAAAUGAACCAUGCUUUGUUUUGUGUUGGAAUUUUGAAAAUAAAUGAUUUGAGGUGGCUUA